CGGGAGAGUUGAUUUUAUUUCUGGGAAAGAGAGAAAAAAAGGUACCUUGAGUGAGAAUGUCCGACGCGGUGCUGAAGAAGGGAGAUAGUAACACCUUGAGUGAUAAGGAACUCGAUGCUGCUGUUCUACCACCAGACCAGCCGUUAAAUGAAUUAACACCACCAAGUUAUGCUGACAGUAACACAAUGAGUGUUAAGGAACUCGGUGCUUCUCUACCGCCACCACCGCCGCCGCCGCCGCCGCCGACCUACAAGCCAUCAGCACAAGGUUUUGUUGACUUUUAUCCACCACCAUAUCAGGAUCCUUUCACUGAUUGGGGACCUCCUCCCUCCGGCCGCAUCAGUUGGAGUCCAGUGGCCAUAAAAUUGCCUUCUACUUCUAUUCUUCUACCGGAACCCAAACCGGGCAAGCGGUCGUUAUAUAUGCAGUCACCAACUCCAUCUGACUUGGUAUAUGGAAGAACCUAUUACCAUACGUACACUCCGAGUCCAACUUAUAGUCCCACUGCCCCUGGCGGUUACAGUUACUCUCAAUCUCAGGAUGCUAUGCACGCCAAGCCACUGCUCUUUGCUAAAAUCGCACUCCAUUGCUACAAUCUCGAAAAGGGGACACACUUUGAACGUUUGGGUCUGCCUCGAGAUUAUGACCAGACCUUAGAGGCAAGGGAUCCAGCACGCAAUUACACUUGCAGGUUUGAAACAAACGUUCGGCUUGCAACUGAGAAUAAAGAUUGCUUCCAUGUUGUCACAACCCGCUGCAGGCCCUUGCCCCCACCUCCUCCUCCAGGGGAAGAUGGAUUCCAAUGUGGAUUUGACACACUCUCCGUGGAUGAGCUUUUCAAAGGCAACAUGCCCGAUUGGUUGCCUGAUGACUAUGCCACUAGUACGCUGCUGCUGCAAUACUACGAGAUGAAAGAAUCAGAGGUGGAACAAGCCAAAGAAUGGCUUCAUCUUUACGCUGAACUAGCCUUGUACACCAAGAAGCAGACGGACCCGUUCAUGUUUGAGCGUUCAAAGCCCCUGGAGCUCGGAAAGGUUGUUGUGCAAACCAGAGGAGUUGUCGACUCUCUGAAAGAGGUCGAGCUGUUGGAUAAUGCAGUCUUCUUCAUAACCUUCAAAACAAGUUGCGGUGAUGUCUGGAAAGGUAUCAUCAGGAGGACAAGCGAUGGGAUUCCAGAGCAUCUAUCCCUUGAAGCCAAGUGCUUCAUGUGAUGUGAAGAGUCUCUUCUGAGGUUGACUAUGAGAGAAAUUAUAAACGUUUGUAGUUUUCUAUCUACGCUAGCAAGUAUAUCUUA